UCACCUAAAUUUAUAUUCACAAAAUUUUGUUUAAAAAAAAAAAAAUCACGACGUAACUAUCGUACACGCAAUAAAUAGGUUUGGCCGCAUCUAAUUUAAGUCACCGCCAGUUCAGCUAACCGGACGGCCAAUCAACAAUGUCUUCGAAGUAUGAAUCCGUGACAUACGCUCCCAUCCCAGCUGAAAACGUCGUUGUUCUCCCUCUCUUCUACCGCCCCAACCGCCACCGCUAUAGCUUUCUCCGCCGCUGCCUCUAUUCUGCUGCUUUCGUCAUAGUCCUUGCUUGUUUGAUCUUCCUACUAUAUCCCUCCGAUCCCACCCUCCAACUCGCCCGAAUCCGUGUCAAUCACAUCCGAGUCAACACCUUGCCAAGACCUACCUUGGACCUCUCUUUCUUUCUAACUAUCAAGGUCCGCAACAGGGAUUUCUUCUCGUUAAACUACGAUUCUCUUGCCGUUUUGGUUGGUUACAGAGGCAGAGAACUAGGGUUGGCGACGUCCGAAGGAGGCAAAGUGAGAGCUCGAGGGAGCUCGUACAUUAAUGCGACGCUGGAGCUUGAUGGCCUGGAGAUUAUUCAUGAUGCGUUUUAUUUGAUUGAGGAUUUGACCAAGGGAGUCAUUCCCUUUGAUACUGAUACCGAGGUGAAAGGCCAGCUCGGCCUUUUGUUUUUCGAAAUUCCUCUCAAGGCAAGAAUAUCCUGUGAGGUUUAUGUAAAUACAAACAACCAGACGGUAGUUCGGCAAGAUUGUUACCCUGCGUGAUGUGCUGUAUACCACCAAAAUGGUAAUUUUCUGGUUCCUACAUUGAGCACGGGAAGGAAAUGGAGAUAAUUGCCGAAGAUAUGGUAUAAUUUCUGUGGCGGUCCUUGUAGUCUUCACAGGUAGUGCAGAAGUUACAUGUAAGAUAUUCAUAAGUUGGUGUGCUGGUGUCAACAUGUUAUGAACUCUUCAGGCACACUGGGAAAGCAUGUAUAUUACUUAUUUACAAUUUUAAUUCGUUUAGAAGUUCAUAAUGUAUGUUUAUCCAAGAUAGAUGUUUGGUAAAUUGUGCACCAGGUUUGUGUUUUCAAAUAUAAACUUUGAUAGUAUUGUAAAUUUGUUACUGAUGAAUAGAUUCAUGAUUGAAACUA